AUGAAAGAACUUUGGUUAAGACGAGGAUGCGUAUGGGUAUGUGGCCAUGUUGGUAAGGUUGCAGCUAGCUGGCCAAAAACAACGAUUGUCUUCUGUUUGCUGACUACGGCGUUGUUUUCAUUAAAAGCCGCACUCACACCUCAAGUGAGUUCCAUGGACGGUUUUUCUAGCACAAGUGCACGUUCCCGUUACGAAUACAGGGUCUUUCAGGAGUUUCUGAAUGCCGACGGACAAGGUAUAACGUUGUUUUUGAUGUUAAAAGCCAGAGACAAUCAAUCAAUGAUUCGAUUCGAAUACUUGCGAGAAGCAACACAGAUUCUGGAUAUAGUCUCGUCACGAUUUCUAAUGCAUGAUUCUGAGACGAGAACAGAUCAAUCAUUUAAGGAGUUUUGUAGUGGUUUUUGUCUGGUUAACGAGCCAGUAUGGCAGUUCUACAAUGGUAUGCGUGCAUUGCAAGGUAACACCAGUGCAGAACUGGAAAAGCGAAUCAGUUUAACAUAUCCGACAUCGGAAAUUUUCUCGACAAAAUUUAGUCUUCUGUCUGGAAAGUCUUUUUUACAGCCGCAUUUUUUUGGAGUUGAAUUGAAUGAAGACGGUGAAACUCUGAAAAGUGUUGGCCUUAUCGCGUUACUAUUUCGUGCCGAAAAACGUUCAUCAUGGACACCGGAAAUGGUGAAAGAAUGGGAGCUUAAAGUUGGCUAUUUUUUCGCAAAAGAAUAUAAUCAAACGAAAAUUCAAGUGAAUGUUCUAUCGACAGCAAUCGUUGAACGCGAUAUCGUACGUUCUGGUGAAUACCUUCAACCGUUUAUACUUGUCGGAUUUGUCAUUAUGUGCACAUUUUGUGCUACAACGACAAUCAUAAGCUCAGUGGUUAUGUUUCACCACAGGAUCACAUUUAAUAAGGUUAUUCUUGCUAUUACUGCAUGUAUUGUGCCGUUUUUGGCUUGUGGAACUGCAUUUGGUGUAAUAUUCCUAUUUGGAGUGACUUUUUCACCGCUUCUGUGCAUUACACCAUUUCUCGCAUUGGCCAUUAGUGUUGACGAUGCCUUUCUUAUGAUUCAUGCAUGGAAUCGAAUUGAAAGUAAUGACAAUCAAAGUAAAUGCACACGAGCAGAGAAAAUCGCCCAGGUACUAUCAGAAACCGGACCUGCGAUCGCCAUAUCGGCCAUUACAAACGUACUGGCAUUUGGAUCCGGUGCGAUUUCGUCUCCACCAGAAAUUCGUAUUUUCUGCAUUGGUAACGCUGCUUGCAUUUUCCUCGAUAUGUGCUAUCAACUCACCUUCUAUGCAGCAGUCAUGUCACUGUUUGCUGACUCUCCACAGUCAUCAAACGAAAAAGAGAUGUCAUCACGUUUAAAGCAUGGCGCUGAAAAGUUUCUACGAUGUUAUACCAACGUCGUGGCCGAUGCAAGAAUGUCAUUUAUAGUAAUUUUCGUAUGGACUGUCUACGUUGCAGGAGCUAUUGUGGGCCUCUUUCAUGUCAAUAUCGACCUGUCACCACAAAAGCUAUUUUUACCCGAUUCGAACGUAAUUGAAACCGAUCGUAUUCAUAACACUUACGUCAUUCCGUUCUACACACCUGCUACAGUCGUCGUCAACAAUCCAGGAAAUAUCUCGGAUCCUGAUAAUGUUCGUGAACUUUUCGCUGUAAAACGAGCAUUUGAAAGUAUUCCUGAUGCUAUUGGACCUGAAAGUACAAAAUUCUUCUUAAGCGACUACAUUAAAUAUGAAGCGACCUUGACUAAUGAGCUUGGUGAUGAGGCCAGCAGUGUAAUUUCAAUCGAUGAUUUUUUAAAAUGGCCAGAAUACUCAUACUGGAAAGGCUUUGUUAAGAGAGAGAACGAAUCGAUUGGAUCACAAGGUAUUGCGCAAUUUAUAUUCGUAACUGGAUACCACGGUGCUCAUUUGGCGUCGUGGAAUGAACGUGCACGUCUUCUACGGAGCUGGCGGGAGCAAGUCGACCAUUUUGCGAAGCGAUUCAACUUGAGUGUUUUCACCGAAGACGGUUUCUACAUCGAUUUGCUCGAGUCGAUUCCGUCAAUCACAUGGCAAUCUGCCUUGGCGACGUUCAUCAGCGUUGUCGUUGUUUGUUCGCUUUUCAUCAGCCAUGCGGCCACCAUUGUUUUUGUGGCAAUGUCAGUCUUCGCCACCUGUAUCGGAGUGUUCAGCUACAUGUCCAUGUUUGGCAUGACAUUGGAUCCGAUGGUGAUGGCGAUUUCGAUCAUGUGCAUUGGAUUCAGUGUGGACAUACCGGCUCACGUCUCGUUUCAUUUUCAUGCUGCAAGUGAGUUUCUCAUAGCAUAA